AUGUUGUAUGUCAUAAUACUGGGAGGCACACACAGAAACCAUCUGUUUGAAAACUUGUUGGGCACUCUCACAAUCUCCAGCUUGGAAAAACCCUUGGAUAAGAGUGUUGUUCAUAUCCCAAUCCACCAUUUGAUCAAGCAGAGAUACUGCAUCCGAGAUCCUAUUCCCGUGACAGAAACCAUUGAGAAGCGAGUUAAAGUGACAAUGCUGGGCUCAUAUCCAAGUUUCAUCAUCUUCCCAAGAAGAGCUAAAGCAGAGGAGUUGAGAGGAGCGGCAGAAACAGUUUAUCAAAAUACUAGAAAGCUCGUUUCCAGCAGCAGCAAAGGGAGAACGAAGGAGAAGAAGCAGUUCCAGGAUUACCUCGGUUCACCAGAAGACCCGAUGAGCAAAUCUCUUGGCCGUAAUUGCAAUCGCGAAUCUCAUCUUCUCGAUUUGGGAUUAAGGUGA